UUCUAUCCUCCACAGGCAUGGGUGGCGAUAUUUUCCCCGAUUCGAGGAUGUGACGUUAAAUGUGUCGGACCUCUCAGGAAAUGUUUUGUGUCUUCAUUUUAAAAUCCAAGGUACACGGGAGAUGAAGGUUAAAAUCAAGCAGUGGAACGGCGUGGCAUCCUGGCUGUGGAUGGCCAAUGAUGAGAACUGUGGGAUCUGCAGAAUGUCUUUUAAUGGCUGUUGCCCAGAUUGUAAGGUUCCUGGAGAUGACUGCCCAUUGGUCUGGGGCCAGUGCUCCCACUGCUUCCACAUGCACUGCAUCCUCAAAUGGCUCAACUCCCAGCAGGUCCAGCAGCAGUGCCCCAUGUGUCGCCAGGAGUGGAAGUUCAAAGAAUGAGCUCAUCCGGAGAACGUCACUUGAAUGCCUUUCAAAGACUGAGACUGAUGCGUCACAGAGGAUUGUAGGGUUUCGGAAUACAUAUGCUUCUGUUUUUUGUUGUACAUUUCCAGAAACUUUGUUUCUCUGAGGCUGUCAAAGUUUGUUUUCUGUGGAGGGGUGUGUGAAUAAAUAUGUGAUUAGGAUUUAA